UUUGGUUGUUUUCAGAAAAACAGUGUUGUGUCAGCGUGUCCCAGACUAGAAAACACGAUGGAGUGGAUCGGUACAAUCCGUGGUGGAGAGGGAACGGUAAAAACUUUCAUAGUAUUUCUCCCAACAACUUUUUAAUAUUUGUUCCUUCAACAGUUUGCCGGUAAAUGUUCAAGGUCGACAAAUGAACAAUACUGGUCAGAAAUUUAGGCUUCCUCAGUACAUAAAAAUAAUCUUAACGUUGAUACAAAGGCUCAUUAGGGAAUUGAAGAAAUGCUUUCACUCCUUAGGCAUACACGUAGAAAGUAAGCUUGUGUACAAAUUUAUACAACAUUUUACAGUGUACACUGUAAGGAGCCAGUUAUAUCCGGCUUGAUACUGCAUAGAGGUCUAAAUGAUAUUCUGAUGUCUGUUAUCAAUAUUAUAGGUAUACGAGGGAAAAGAAUACAAACUAUCAUUACAAUUUCCAAGCACGUAUCCUCAUAAGCCACCAUUGGUUAAGUUCACCACGCCCUGCUUCCAUCCAAAUGUUGAUCAGGAAGGCACCAUCUGUUUAGACAUUUUAAAGGUAUUUGCUAUAUUCAUUCUGUUAGCACUACUUGUUACAAGACAGUUCUAAAAAUAAAUUAUUUUUGGGCAUGUUUAAUGUUAAUUUAUUUACCUGCGCAGUACCAGGAUCAUCGGUGCCUUUCAAAUAAAAUCUGAAUUAUUUAAAACAAUUUUUAUUUGUUUAUUUUUCUUAGGAAAAUUGGUCAUCAACAUAUGGCGUCAGAACCAUAUUACAUUCAAUACAAUCAUUACUAGCAGGUGAGCUUGGCUUUUUCUAGUUGUCUAUGCCCUUCGUCCACCAGUAAUCUGGGAGAACAAAUUGUGACAAAUACAAGUCCUGAAAGAAAAACAACAUCAGAUGAUUAAGGAUUUUGUAGAAUGGCCCUCCCCCAGGAAAUUCAUAUGAAAAGUUUAUAAACUUCUAGCCUGUGAAUGAAGCUGUCUCCUCCUCAACCCCCAGGGAUGCAUUGAAGGGGAGGCAUCUGCAUCUCAACAACAGGCAAUUCCAUACUGGUGAUGUAAAUCAGUGUUUACCAUUGAUAACUCAUGUGAGAGUAGCAGCUAGUAACGUAGGUGUUCCUAAUGUAAAUUUCUUAGAGUUUAUGUUUCUCCUGGUCUAUUAUGGUAAUGUUUUGAGUUUAUUCCAUGAAUAAUGUCUGUUUUGUAUUAGAUUCAUCAUGCUGACUUUUGAACUUUGGGAACUUUUGUCUUGUCCUUAAUGCAUUAUUUUAUAGACAAUAGCUAGAAUUUACAGCAAUAGUAUUUAGACUUGCCAGUUUGACCAAUAAGAGUUGCUGACCAGUUUCCGAACAGAUUUUACGUCAUCAGUUUAGAAUAAAUUCUGGUGUUGAGGUGUGUGGAUGUCUCUCCUGUGAAAUGUCCCUAUCGGCAAGGAAGGACAGACAGUUGAAUUGACAGGCUGCAGGGGAAAUUACAGUGUAUACAUCACAAUUUUCAUAUAUAGAAAUAUGACUGUUGUAACUGGAUAUUUUUGACAACUUCAUGCUGAAUUUAUAAUGAAAAUAAAAAUUUGAAUUUUAAAUAAAAUAAUCAAUUUCUACAAUGUAGAUCCAAAUAACAAAAGCCCUCUCAAUGCUGAAGCUGCAAGAUUGUGGAAUAGUGAAGGUAAAUAA